ACGGCCACUGUCCAUAUAUGAUCCAUCCAUGAUCCAUCCAUCCAUCCCAAGUGAAACAAGGCGGAAAGAGAGUCAGCAGCGGAAUUCAUGGGUCGUUCUCCUUUUCAUUCGAUUCUGCUCCUAUCAGCGUUUCUUCUCCUUUUCUUCUCUCAUGGGUUGGGGACCAAAUUGAAGCAAACCAAUUUCCAGACUGAGGAGAAGGCGACUGCGGCGGCAGAUAUGCAAUUUGAGGUUGUUUCUAGAGAAAUGAUCGAACUGGACUAUGUUGAAGCAGGACCAAACACUAAUACAAGGUCCGGAUUUGUGUCACCCCCACCUGAGGGCUCAUAGAUUUUGAUCAUCUUAUCUUAAUGCAAUGCUUAUAGAAAAAAGAAACCCAAUUAUAUUUCACUCUUCUUCUGCUCUGCUGGGUGUUGUCAUUCAUUCCAGUUCUUGUAAAUCUUUUGUGUUGUUGUAUUUUUUAAUGUGGUUGUGUUGUGUUUCUGGUUUGAUUUGUUAAAAACAUAUAUGAGAUCAUUAUAUAAAGGUUUUUUGACAGAU